AUGGUCUUCCUGCAAGUGGGCAGCCUCUUCGCCCUCGCCGGCGUCGUCCGCGCCGCGAACGAGGGCCCCUGCGACAUCUUCGAGGCCGCCGCCACCCCCUGCGUGGCGGCCCACUCGACGGUGCGCGCCCUCUACGCGGCCUACGCCGGGCCGCUCUACGAAGUCCGGCGCGCCGACGACAAUGCCACGUUCGACGUGAUGGCGCGCGCCGGCGUCGCCGACGCGGAGGCCCAGGACGACUUCUGCGGCGCGUCGGACUGCGUCGUGUCCAAGAUCUUCGACCAGUCGCCGCGGGGCAACGACCUCGCGCCGGCGCCCGGCGGCGGCUGCGUCCAUACCCCCGACGCGCCGGUCAACGCGACGCGCGAGAAGCUCACGCUCGGCGGCCGCAGCGUCUACUCGCUCUACUUCGAGGGCGGCAUGGGCUACCGCAACGACAACACGUCCGGCGUCGCCGUCGGCGACGAGCCCGAGACCAUCUACAUGGUCGCGAGCGGGCGCCGCGCCGCGCGCCACUACAACGACAAGUGCUGCUUCGACUACGGCAACGCCGAGACGGACGACAACGACGAGGGCGCGGGCACGAUGGAGGCCGUCUACUUCGGGAACGCGAACGGGGGCCUGAACCACGGCGGCGCGGGCGACGGGCGGCGCGACGGCCCGUGGAUCAUGGCGGACAUGGAGAACGCGCUCUGGGGCGCGGACCGCGUCAGGUCCAACGAGUCCACCAUCGACCACGACGUCGUCACGGCCGUGGUCAAGGGCGACUCCGGCGCCGCGCCGGGCCACUGGGCCAUCAAGGGCGGCGACGCGACCUCCGGCGGCCUCGCCACGUUCUGGGACGGCGCGCGCGCGCCGGGCUACGCGCCCAUGAAGAAGCAGGGCGCGCUCCUCCUCGGCGUCGGCGGCGACAACUCGAACCGGGCCGUGGGGACCUUCUACGAGGGCGCCGUCGUCUCGCACUACACGACGGACGCGACGGACGCCGCGGUCCAGGCGAACAUCGUCGCCGCGGGCUACGGCAAGUAA